GUCUGGCCUCAGAGCUCUCUUUCCUGCUGGAGCCUAGUGAUGUGAUUGCAGUGAGAGAUCAGCCUCUCAUGCUUGACUGUUGGGUGCAGGGUGAGGAGCCGAUCAUGGUGACGUGGCGUAAAAAUGGCGUGCCUUUACCUCCCAGUCCGCGGGUUCAGGUGCUGGCAAAUGGCACACUGUUCCUCCAGAGCUUCCAGAAACGCAGAGAGGGGAGCGAGGCAGACAUGGGCGAGUAUGACUGUGCUGCCCAAAAUCGCUAUGGCAUGUUGGUCAGCCGCAAGGCCAGAGUCCUUUUGGCAUCUCUUCCUAAAUUCCACACCCACCCAUUGUCUAUGUCUGUGGAUGAGGGAGGCGUUGCUCGUUUCCAGUGUCAGAUUAACGGUGUACCUGAGGCCAACAUCACCUGGGAGAGAGACAGAGUGCCACUCAGCACCACCGACAACAGGUACACUCUGCUGCCAAUGGGUAUUCUCCAGGUGACUGGAGUGAGGCAGGCUGAUGCUGGGGUUUUCCGAUGUGUCGCCACCAACCCAGCAAACACUCGCUCCAGCCACGAGGCUGUUCUCAACAUCACUGAUGGAGCUUCCAGAAUCUACAAGGAGCCGGCCAUCUUGUCAGGACCCCAGAAUCUGACCAUCACUGUCCAUCAGACAGCCAUUUUGGAAUGCAUAGCCACUGGAAACCCAAGGCCCAUAGUUUCCUGGAGCAGGCUAGAUGGACGCUCCAUUGGGGUGGAAGGCAUCCAGGUUCUGGGGACUGGGAACCUGAUGAUCUCAGAUGUUUCCCUGCAGCACUCCGGUGUGUAUGUAUGUGCUGCCAAUCGUCCCGGCACCAGAAUGAGACGCACUGCGCUCGGACGACUCGUGGUGCAAGCUCCACCAGAGUUCCUGCAGUGGCCGCAGUCUGUGUCUAAACCAGCAGGGGGCAGUGCUGUGUUCAGCUGUGUGGCCCAGGGUGUCCCCGAGCCUCACCUCAUCUGGCUAAAGAAUGGCAAGGUCCUGAUGCCUGGACACAAUGUAAAGCUGACCAACAACAACAGCACUCUGGCUCUCACCCGUAUCAGUUCAGAGGAUGAGGCCAUCUACCAGUGCAUCGCCGAGAACAGUGCUGGGACCAACCAGGCCAGCGCCCGAUUGGCUGUGGCCCUGAGCAAAGACCUGCCUGCUGCCCCCCAGGGCUUCACAGCCAGUGUCCUGUCACCAAACGCCCUGCAGAUCACAUGGAGCCAGCCACCCGCAGACGUCACUGACAGCAUCAUUGGAUACGUCCUGCAUAUCCGCAAGACAGGAGAAGUGGACAGCCUGGAGCUGCAGGAAGCCAUCAGUAAAGGCUCAUUCCAGCAUGACAUUACCAACCUGGAAGUAGCCACCACCUACUCCCUGUACCUGAAGGCCUACUCUCCUCUGGGAGCCAGUCAGCAGUCCCACACUGUGGUGGCUACAACACUAGGUGGAGUACCGACCCCUCCCACAUUCUUCACCAAGGUGGUGAACUCCAGUGCUGUGCAGGUUCUGUGGGAGCUCCCCAGUAAGGCUGGGAAGGCUGAGGGCUUCAGGCUGUCCUACCGCAAGGUGCCCCACGCUGACUUCCAGGGACCCAUCCAGCUGCCGUGUCACAUUAAUGCCCACACCAUCUCAAACAUGGAAUCGGGUGCAGUGUAUGAAGUCAAACUGGUGGCCUACAAUGGAAAUGGGGAGAGUGACUGCUCCAAGAGACUGGUGUCACUGGCUGAGGAAGGCGUCAGUGACCAAAGCACCGGUGGGGACAGUCUGUGUCAGUGCAGGGAUGGAGAGGCCUCUCUGGGCGGCAUCGUUAUUGGCAUCCAUAUUGGCACCGCCUGCAUCAUCUUCUGUGUUCUCUUCCUCAUGUUUGGAUACCGUCGCAGUCUUUUUUGCAGUAAAGGGACUCAGGACAGCUGGUCUGUCCCGAGGGACGACGCAAGACACACUGGAAAUCCUAAAGAUGGUGCAAACUGCCCCAGAGGGAAGGCAGUGCCCCAGGUGGUCUGUCCAGCGCACUGCCAGGUCAUCGUUGAGCAGCAGUCAUCAAGUUUGCCUGGCACGGGCACUGGCUAACACUGGUCAAUGUCAGCAACAUGGAUUCCAUCCAACCCCACCCACACCCCCCACACCCGACUUUAGAUGUCAGUCAUUGGUUUAGUCUGCCCAAAAUCUGCUGCUAAUAACCUGAAAGUCGCCUCCACAUAACAGUGACAGUAGUUAUGUUAUGUUAAUUCACCCCAGAUCUCCACCCUUACCUUGAACCAAAGCCUGUUGCCUUUAUUGCCGGUGCCUGUGCACAUGUGCAUGUUGAGAAAGCCUUCGUACAGCAUUGCCACUGAAGAUGUGGCGCUGUCACGUUCUUUUAGUGUGUACACCAACCAUGUCACUUUUCCAGUGGGAGUCUGUUCCAUAACCAAAAUAUUCUAUUUCUCAGAUGUCCUCUUGUAAAUUGACAUGUGGAGAUGUGCCCUGUGGUCUUAAAUCCCCAAAUGAAACCAAAUAUUUAAGCCUUCAGUUCCUCUGCAACAAGAAAGGUAAGAAACAUAGCGGCCUUUGCAAACGCCUUACAGAGGUCUCUCAUCUCUGAUUAGAAAUGACUGUACAAGCCAUUUAGAAGAAACAUGUAAACAGGCAUUCAAAUCUUCCAAAGAAAGCUACCUCAGUCUGAUAAGAAUGUCUGAGCCAUAGUUGAGGCCAGUGUUAGCCUGUUGAUGCUGCUUGUGCCGGCCUACCUCAACCAAAAAACCCUUUCCCUUCAACUACUGCCUUGACCAGUGCCAGUGCCAGUGCCAGUGUACCAUGCCAGCUGCCAACAAGGCGAGUCCAGAGAGUGCUUACCAGGAUGACUACCAUGGAGACAAUAACCAUUGCAGAGCCUGAAUUCCGCUGCCUGAGCCUUACUGUACCAGAGAUUGGCAUGAGACAGGGAGCUUCCUGUUCAAGCCAGGUCACCAAAAAAUAUCAAGGAGGUCAUGUCAUGUUGUCUCCAUGAUUAACAUUGCUCCAUCAAGAUCCCAAAACGUAUUUGUGCAGAGGAUGCAGCUAAUGGAAAAUAUGGACCUACGACUAUUUUGUGAAGAUUUAAACAAUGCAGUCAAUUUUUUCUAUGGAGUUCAUCACCGAAAAUAAGUUCAGACUAACAGAAUACUUUGAUCUGCACAAACCUGAUGGCAUACUGAAGUGUAGCCAAAAAUGAUUGUUUGACGCCGUGUUGUCAGGUUAACUCUCCAGACGCCAAAUGGGUCACCCUGGGACCUUGACGACACUGAGUUGGCAGCUGAAGAAGUUUUAUGGUGAUACCUGCCUGAAAGCACGGACAUGGCUUCUGUCUCAUGUGUCAGCCUAUCCAAAGUGAAAAACCAGGGUGAAUGACGCCCAAAGAUGUAAACAUUUUGAUGGUUUUCUUUAUUUUCCUUUAAAAAUGUAUUUUGAGAGAGAAUACAUUUACUUACAAUUUUUGACGGUUCCUGUUUGAAAGGAGUCACCUGUUUGUAAAGUGCUUUAACUGAACCCAAGCCAAAAAAAAUUAAGAUAAUAAUUUCAUUACCUUUUCUUUCAUGUGCUUUUGUUUGAAGGUUAUUCCAGGUGCACCCCUUCAAUAUGGAACUGUUUUUUGUUUGUUCUAGCAUUUUAAAGUGACCAAAUGAAGAUGUCAGAUAUUUUAAAAAGACUUUUAUGUCAAUAGUAUAAGGAAUAAUUGCUUUAUAUUUUAAAUUAGUCGAGUAACUAUUUAGCUAUCUUUAAGACACAUGUAACCAAAUACCUCUACAUUUUUAACAUUCACAGUCUUGACCUCAUUACCAAAGCACAGAGACAUACUCCAGUGGGUGAUAACAUACUGUAUGUGUGUGAGGAGGAACAGUAUGUAAACCUUGAGGGCCGCAGCUUUGAGAGGGAACUACAAAUUUAGAUUCAAAGGUGCUCUCCAAAGAAUAUAUAUAAACUAAAAGUUUAUAUGUCCUAUGUCAUAAUCUUCAUAAUCACUCACACUGGCAAACUACAGAAAAAAUCCUUCAACUAAAACAUCUACAUUAGCUGACUAGCUACAUCUCCUUCAUAUCUUUGGACUGCUGAGUGAACAACCAAACAUCCAUUUAUAGCUAGAUAGUUAGCUGCAGUACACACUUGGUUGUGAUUUCAUUUUGAAUUUAAAUGAACAAAUGUGCCUCUUAUAUGACUGAAAAAGCUCAGUGUUUUAUGGAUCGAACGCGUGUGUUGCCUCAAGCUUUAAUGCUCCACAAGGUUUACCAUAACCCUUUAUGAGUGCUAAAGGAUUAUUCAAAGCACAGCAGUAUAAAACCUGGGGGUUUUGCCCUCUUCUCCUUUACACAACUGAAAGCUUUUAAGCCAAUGCGAUACCAAAAAGUGUAUUUGUUAUGGAAGACCUAAAACUUGAGUGUUUUUGUAGUGUGAAGUGUGUAGUUAAACUAGUUUUUAAAACUAAAGCAUCUGUAACUUUUGUUUUGAACCAAUUAUUUCUGUCUUUUUUCGUUUGAGUCUUUUGUUCUCCCUGCAGUGCACAUGAGAAGUUGCCAAAACGAAAGUUUGCUUUUUCUAUUGUUAUUAUUAAUGUUAUUAGACCUGAUUACAUUAAUGAUGAUCAUUUCAAAUGUUUUCUUAUAUGACAUGUAAUGAUGCUAAGAAUGUGCUCAUUAGGAUGGUCUUUGAGUCUAAGUUUUCCAAAAUGUUUUGAGCUAAACUUGCUUUCUGCCUUGAAGCAGCCAGUGACUAGUGAACCAGGAAAUACAAAAUAAAAGGAAAAAAAAUGUAGGAAAGUGGAAACUGGCUGCUAGUACCAACGAGAAACAAUGCUUUAAUGAUGACAAGUGUUUUUAUGUUCUCCUAGCUUUCCACUGGUGUAUUGUAGCCAACUGCAAAACUAAAGCUUUACCCUGUUGGGACUGGGGUCCUGUCCUUGGUCUUUAACCAAAAUGAGAAGGUUUGUUCGGCUGACUGUAGAUAGGAUGCUGGUGGAAACAGAGACCAAGCUGUUACUUGCAAGGUUGUCACUGUAAAUGUUACACUUAAAUGUAGGACAUUCACAAAGAUCUUUACUGGUGUUAGUUCGCACAAAAAAACUUUCAGUUUGGGUUUUUAGAUUUUUGCGGAGGUUUGUCUGUCACCAGCCCAGUACUUUGAGAGUGCAGGGAAUUUCUGAGAAGAGACAGUAACAUUAUAACAACUAUAUUAUAACUCCUGAAAUAUAAAAUAACAUUUUCCCUUUCUUUCUUGUGGUUUGUUUGAGCGGACUUCUUAUGUAUUUAUCUCAUUUAACAAAAUGGAUAUUCAUUGUCAUUUAGUAUUCUGAAAAUAAUUUAAUAUUUUAGUGUCCAUAAGCUUCUCCGCAAAAAUUAUCUGCUUACUGUGACAGCAGCUUUCUCAGUCUGGUAUUUUCUACCGAACAGCUUGGUCUCUGUGUGAAUGCAGACUCCCCUAUCUGAAUGUCAGACUUCUCUCCUUCCUUCAUCACAUUCCAACUUGCCUACAACCAAAUAAAGACAU